AUGGCUCAAAGCAAAGAGGAAACGGAAGUAAUGAUACAAUACAACAACGGUGAAAGUCAAACCCGAAACACCACCAACGCAAUGGCGACCCCAAAACCAUCAGAUUCCAAUGCUGUUUUAAAGUCUGUGAGCUUGGUGUUACUGACCCUCCAAAAUGCUGCCCUUAUACUGGUUAUGCGCUAUGUACGUAUUAGAAAUGGAGACAUGUUCAUGGCCACCACAGCUGUCAUCAUCUCCGAAGCUCUCAAGUGCCUUACAUGCUUGGUCAUCAUAUUUUGUGAAGAAAAAUUCAUCGUAAGGAAUUGGAUAAAACAUCUGUAUGACAAUAUAUUCAGUCAACCCAUGGACUGUGUGAAUGUGUCAGUGCCCUCACUGAUCUAUGUUCUACAGAAUAACCUCUUAUAUGUGGCCGUUUCAAACCUAGAUGCUGCAACAUUCCAGGUUACCUAUCAGCUGAAAAUCUUAACAACAGCGCUGUUCUCAGUGGUGAUGCUGAAGAAACAUCUUAGCAAGUUACAAUGGGUGUCGCUAGUAGUGCUGUUUAUUGGUGUAGCAAUAGUACAGACACAACCUGAUAACACAGCCAAGUCUACGGGAACCACAGGAUCUACAGCAGUGGAACAGAAUCCAACCCUCGGUCUCAUCGCCGUCAUCAUCUCCUGUUUAAUGUCAGGCUUUGCAGGUGUUUAUUUUGAGAAGAUCCUCAAGGGCACAAAACAAUCAGUAUGGGUACGGAAUGUUCAGCUUGGGUCACUUGGCGUUGUCAUUGGACUGAUAGCAAUGUACUUAAAAGAUGGAGAGAAGGUGGCUGAAAAGGGUUUCUUUUUUGGGUAUGACUAUGUUGUUUUCAUCGUCAUCUUCAUUCAAGCUUUUGGAGGUCUACUUGUAGCUGUUGUUGUUAAAUAUGCUGAUAAUAUUCUGAAAGGAUUUGCCACAUCGGCUGCUAUCAUCAUGUCCUGCCUUUUGUCAAUGUAUUUCUUUGAUUUCCAUGUCUCUACCCCGUUUGCUUUGGGAGCAUCUUUGGUAAUGAUAUCCAUUUACAUGUACAGUAAAUUUGUACCUGCUCCUUCCACUAAAGUUACCAGUGCGUAGGCUAAUUAGGGUGUCUAUUUUUGUUGAU